AUGGCAAACACCGCUCCCAGAGUUGCCGAAGAAGAGCGCCACGAAGCUCCUGAGUCGGUGGACGAGAAGGCGCGGCAACUAGCUGAAAAGAUCAAGAACAGCAAACAUUUCAUCGUAUUCACCGGUGCAGGAAUAUCUACAUCUGCUGGCAUUCCGGACUUCCGAGGACCAGAGGGAGUGUGGACUCUCAGAGCACAAGGAAGACAGCAAGUGUCAAAAGGAACCAGCACAUUGCAGGCAAUUCCGACACCAACUCACAUGGCGUUGGUCGAGUUGCAGAAUCGAGGGCUAUUGAAGUAUCUCGUCAGCCAGAACUGCGACGGACUCCAUCGGAGAAGCGGCAUACUACCGGACCGAAUAUCUGAGCUGCAUGGCAACAGCAACAGAGAAUACUGUAGAGACUGCGACAAGGAAUACAUCCGAGACUUCCGAGCCGUCGCAACGUAUGAAAAGACAGUUCGUGAUCAUCGAACAGGCCGAAAAUGUGCAUUAUGCGGAGGAGUCCUUCUCGAUAGUAUCAUCAACUUUGGCGAGUCACUUUGGGAAGAGCCUCUGGAACGCGCCCGUGACAACGCCAAAAAGGCGGAUCUAUGCCUCGCCUUGGGUUCUUCUCUUACCGUCUCACCCGCAAACGAAAUCCCGGAGACAGUCGGCAGAAAGAAACGAGGCCGUUCGAGCGCCGCAGGGCAACUCGUCAUCUGCAACCUCCAGAGCACGCCGAUCGACGAGUUGUCCGCCAUCCGAGUGUGGUCUGCCACGGACGACCUCAUGACCCGCGUCAUGAAGAAACUGGACAUCCCCAUUCCGGUUUUCAUCCUUCGACGUCGACUGAUCAUUGAGUUUGAGACGACAGGAGACGAGAGACAUCAAAUCGCCGUUCGCGGUAUUGAUGUGGAUGGCACUCCUGCGACGUUUCUUCAGUCCGUCAAGCUCGAGCACAACAGACGCGUGGCGCGUUCCGAGCCUUUCACUGUGAACUUUCGUGGUGAUCUAGAGAUUGGAACGCAGUUAAAGCUUGAGCUUGAAUUCAUGGGCCACUACGGCGAGCCAAACUUGCACAUUGAUUUUGAGUACGAUGGUGAGAAGCGGUCGCAGGCUUCCUACCUCUUGGAAUACGACCCGGCUACUGGAGAGUGGAGGAUGACAAAGCCGAAUGAUGAAGAUAUGCCUGGACCUCAAGAGGUUGCAGCCGGUGUUGCCUCGGUGGAGCGGGAACUUUCUGUGAUAGACCUCACCGAAGACUGA